CCGUUUAAAUCUUUUACGACUUUAUUACAAUCUGCUUAUAAGAAGUUAAGUCUCCAUAGAAAAGUAGUCCCACUCUCCAGUUGUUUUCAAGAUUGAUUCUAGCAACCACACCACAAUGUGUUAUUUUAUUUAAAACCACUUUAUUCCAAUGUUUACCCUUUAUUUAUCGUCGUUCCAAUUUCACUCUUCAAACAGCAACAUGAGCAGAACAACCAACCUUGAAAACACCUUUUUCUUUCUCCUUUGCUUCUUUUCUUACUCUUGUUCCCAAAAGAUCUGCCCAAAGUGUGGCCUUCUAAACGUUCCAUACCCGUUAAGCACCAACCCGGAUUGUGGCGACACAGACUACACUCUUCGUUGCGACACACACUCCAAAAAACUCUACCUGGAUGCUCUUAAUAAAAGUUCGUACCCCGUGGUCAAGAUCAACUCCAAAACUCAAAAACUAGUGAUUCAGACUCCGCCGUGGGUUCCCAACACAUGCAUUACUCAAGAUUAUGCUGUUAGUGAGGGGCUUUGGUUGAACCAAACACUCCCCUUCAACAUCUCUUCCUCAAACACCGUCUUCAUCUUCAACUGUUCACCGCGUCUUUUCGUGUCCCCUCUUAACUGCACUCCUUCAAGUCUUUGCCAUCGUUAUCUCGAGGAGGGAGUUGACCCCACCCGUGCCCUUCAAUGUGCAAGUAGCACCAACCCGUGUUGCACCUUCAUUGCAGGCGGUCUUCCAUCAGCAUACAAGAUCCGGCUGCAUGCUUCAGGCUGCAGAGCCUUCCGAAGCAUUGUAGACUUGGAUAAAGAAAAACCCGCCAGUUUAUGGGAAGAAGGAGUUGAGAUUCAAUGGGCCCCACCACCUGAACCCCUUUGUAAAACCCAGCUUCAAUGCCAAGGAUCCUCCACGUGUCAACCUAUUUACCAAAAGGGUGGUAUAUCCCGUUGUCUUUGUAACAAACAUUACAACUGGGAUCAUGUUCUUGGAGUGUGUUUAAAAAACCGGUCUAGCUCAAAAUCUGGUCUUACCAUCAAGAUUUCAAUAGGAGUAUUAGUAUUCUCCUUGUUUGUAACGGUGACUGCCGCUGUUGCAGUGAGAAAAUCAAGAAAACUCCAUCAGAAAGCCAAGGAGAGACAAGAGUUGCUGAAAGCCAACAAUGUGAUGAGAUCGGCAAGGAUGUUUAGCUUAAAAGAGGUGAAGAAAGCAACAAACGGGUUCUCUAAAGAUAGAAUAUUAGGCAUUGGUGGAUUCGGUGAAGUUUAUAAAGGUGAGCUUGCUGAUGGAACAGCUGUAGCGGUUAAGUCUGCUAAAGUAGGCAACCUAAAGAGUACUCAACAAGUUCUUAAUGAAGUGGAGAUACUUUCCCAAGUGAGUCAUAAGAAUCUGGUUCGGCUUUUGGGAUGUUGUGUAGAAGCAGGGCAGCCAUUGAUGAUCUAUGAGUACAUUUCAAGAGGAACACUUCAUCAUCAUUUGCAUGGGGAGUCAUCCACCACCUUUUUAAACUGGAAGUUAAGACUGAGUAUCUCUUUACAAACUGCGGAAGCAUUGGCUUAUCUUCACACGGCUGCUCACACGCCCAUUUAUCAUAGAGAUAUCAAGUCCACUAACAUACUCUUGGAUGAUGACUUCAAUGCAAAAGUCUCGGAUUUUGGGCUUUCCAGACUGGCUCGACCAGGGUUGAGCCAUGUCUCCACUUGUGCUCAAGGGACGUUGGGCUACUUGGACCCUGAGUAUUACAAGAAUUAUCAGUUAACAGAUAAAAGUGAUGUUUAUAGUUAUGGCGUUGUAUUGCUUGAAAUCCUCACCAGCAAAAGAGCCAUUGACUUUGGACGACAGGAAGACGAUGUGAACUUGGCGGUUUAUGUGGCGAAACGAGCAGACUCGGUUAUGGAUGUUGUGGACCAACGAUUGGUGGUCGGGGAGGGUCGAGUUUCAGAUAGUAUUCGGCUCUUUUGCGAGCUUGCACUUGCAUGUUUAAGUGAGAAGAAAGGGGAUAGACCAACCAUGAAAGAUGUUGUUCAACAACUCCAGUCCAUUCUUGAUCAUCUAGAAGAGAUCAUAUGAAGUAAUUGCAGACUUUGACGAUUUUUAUCCCAUUAGUUAAUUGUGUGUGUGUGAUAUAAACACAUGUGUGGUGGGUGUAUUAUUCCUUUUCUUAAUGAGUGUGAAACAAGAUAAAAAAGGAAAAAAAGUAAGUUUAGUAUCCAUAAUGUAUCUUAUUAUAA